ACGCAUCUCAGAGGCGUGGAUAUGCCUGACUGCAGCGGUGCCCGUUCAUUCCUAUGUCUCUCAGGCACAGAGAUGAGAAGGGGCUAAUUUCUCACCACUGCAAUGCCCUGGGGAGUUUAUCAGGGCAUGUGGAUUAUUUUCCCCAUUCGGUGGCUGGAUUAUAAAAUGGAAGGAAAAGUCAUGGAGAAGAUGAGGGAAGCUGGGAUGGAGACCAGUGCUCCUGCCACGUACAGGGGGCAUGAAUGAGAUGCAGAGGAUGUAGCACCAGGUACAAGGAAACGCAGGCGUGACGGCCAAGCACAGCAUGAGGAACUGCAAUGGAAUUUGGGGUGAAGUCUGUCAAGGGCCUUCUCAGAGAAAAAAAUUAAGUGUUAAAACCUGGUGAAAGUUACCUGGAGAUCUUUAUGAAGGGAUACACAUUUUCAGCACAAAAGAGAGAGAAAUACAAAAGAGCCAUGUGCAAUAUCUGCUGAAGCCUCAUAUGCAGACUGAACAAGAGACUACACAAGAAGGAUCUGAACUGAGGUGGCAAACAGGAACUUAUUGUCCGUAUUUGUUCAGGACUUGUUGAACCUGAUGACAGAAAUGGCAUCAGUGAUUUGUUUUAAAACAUUCAAACACAGCUCCAGGACAGCAUUGCUGGUUGAAGUGUUAGUGCAUAGCUCAAGUUCAAGUCAUAUUUGAAAAGGGUUUUCUCUCAUCACCCUACCUAGCCAAACCAUUUUUGACUUGUAAUUGAAUCAGCUGUUUUGAAACAGUCUCUGCAAAAGCUAUCACCGUGCCUUGCUGGAAGCAGGGCAGCACGAUCCUCAUUUCCUAAAAGCUGAAUCAAAAGAGCUUGGUGCCAGCGUCAGAGUCCCCGAGGCCUGCUAGCAAAGGAGCAAUGGAGCCUCUGCGACAUUCUGCCGAGGCGACAGACCCAGUUCGACUCCUGAUUUCCAAGGAGGAUACAGUAAACCAAAAUGGAGAAACUCAUGUAAAAAUCCCACAAAAGGAUGACAAGAGGAACAAGGAAUGUCUUAUAGCCUCUGUCCCUAGGGUCCAACUAUCCCUGUAUGCCGUUGCAGUGAUGAGCAUGGCUCUCAACAUCAUUCUGAUCGGGUUCUUCAUUGCACAGCCAUGGAGAACAGCUGAAAUACAUCUGGCCAGCCCAUGCUGGGAUGACUGGAUUGUGUACAGGAGGAAAUGCUACUAUUUCUCAGAGGCCGAAGGGAACUGGACGCAAGGCCAGAGCCACUGCUCUGCGCUCAAUUCUUCACUGGUUGCGAUUGACAGUGAGGAGGAACAGAGGUUCAUGCUGCGUUACAAAGGGACUUCUGAUCAUUGGAUCGGCCUCUGGAGGGAUCUGGACCAAUCCUGGAAAUGGGCCAAUGGCACAACAUUCAAUGAAGGGAUCACAGUACGAGGAGGAGGUGAUUGUGCUUAUCUGAAUGAUGGAGGAAUUGGCAGUUCCAGUUGUUCCACAGAUAGGAAAUGGAUUUGCAGUAUCUCGCGCCCACUCCUUACCUCAUCGCCACUGAGGCAAGUGAGCCUUCCAAUCGUCCCCUUCCCAAGUAGACUAUAACUGUUUAAGGUAAAUCACAAUACUUGUGUGUUCCUGCCCCUGCCAUUGAAUGACCAUCAGGAGCUGAUGCAACUCUGUUACUUGAAGUAAGGAGGAAAGCAGCAGCCAGACCCUGAACACCUUACACUACAGGACUUCAGAGGGAGACAGCAGGAAAAUACCGAAGUGCUGAGUGGGCCUGUUCCAGCCGAGCCAUCCGGUGCAGUUCCACCACUUUAGGUGUGUGAAGAGACAUUGACUAACGCUGCAAGGAUACAGAACGAAGAAGUGACGAAGAGAGGAGAACACCGCUUCCAGAGCAGCUGUCACUUUAGGACAGAUCGGCCGGGAAGAGGGUGCGGCGGCGUGCGGAGCGAGUCUCCAGAGAUGGUGCAGGAGGAGAGAGAAAAGUCCACAGGGGGAAGGGAACACCUGAGGACUAAUCCUGUGAACAGUGGUAUAGCACACCCCCCGUUUUACUUUUUUUUUAAUUUUAAAAUUAAUUCCCUCCCCUUCCCCAACCAUUUCUGACUUUCUCUCUGCCCUCUCUAUCCCUUUUAAGCGAUAACAAGCAGUACUAGGUAAGCUAAGCUAAGCUCCUGUACGCUAUUAUUGUAAUAAGUCCCUUUUUGUAUGGUAAAUAGUGUUCUGUUUGUAUUCAUUUUUACUGUUGUAUAUUGGAUCAGAUUGGAUCCUAUCAUUUGUGCAUUGAUUUGUAUUGUUUCAUAUUAACAGUGUAUGAUUUAGGCCUGCAGUGCGGGUUGGCAUGAGUGAUGUCAAGUAUCCAUUUUAUGUGACAGGUUCCCAUCUUGUUCCCAUCUUGUGUCCAUGCCCUGUUGUGUAAGUAUGUUGUAACCUAUGACUCACACCUAGCCCUCCUAUGUAACUUGGUUCCUGAAUGAAUGGGGAUGAAUGAGGGCUCUUGAGAGACAAUGGCAGUACGGCUAAAAAUAGCUCCCUCUGAAAGACCGAACCAUCAACUUGACGACCCAACCAUCACCCCGCAUUGCCCCUCCCUGGCUCACAAUUUGGAAGACAGAGUGCUGCAGAAAUCAGUGAGCCCACCAUCGCAGACACCUGAAACUGCCUGUUCUUACCUAGGAGUGCACAUGCUCAGUAUACCAGGGGCUCACUCUUUCCUGGGCCUAACCCUGCCACUAGGGUUAUGGGUAGUAUCCCCCAUAAAAAGGGUAGUGAAGACAGAGCCAGUGGCACGCCCUCUUCAUCUGGACCAGCACCAUGCCACACCACCUCUCCACCCAGACGCACUGCCAGCGACCCACCACUGGCCAACACCUGCUAGACACAGACCCCUUUCCAGCCUGGAUACGUAGCUAUCACCCCCACCAUCUCUUCAACCAAGGACUUGGACUCUGGUUCUCUGCCCUACCUGGACUCCAACCCUUCCACUGAGUCUCUUUCUCCUGAUACCAAUGUGAGUGCUUGUGUGUGUGCAGGAACCAAGACCUUCAUGGGCUCUGAAGUGUCUUGUCUGUUUAAGGGGUUUAGGUUGUAGCCGUGUUGGUCUAAGGACACAGGCAGACAAGGUUCCUUGGGUGAAUUUGAUAUCUUUUAUUAGACCAACCCAAAUGGUUGGAGAAUAGUUAUUAAGCAAGCUUUCAGGUUCAAAAACCCUUCAUCAGGCUAAUUAUUUUAAUAUAUAAAAGAUAUCAAAUUUUUUGUUUGUCUGUUUAAUAAACCUGUUUUUUUGAAACCCC